AUGGCGGAGAAGAUAGGCUCGGGGAAAGCUCGCAAGUCUCAUAGUCUCAAGAAUAGUCCAGGUAAUGUGCACAUCAGUGAUUUGACAAGUGAGGAUGCAGCAAAGAGAAGAGCCGCUCUGGAACGCACUGUUAGACAUAAGAUUGAAACGGAGAAAAGGGCUCACCAGAUUGUUGAACGCUUGUUAGAAAACAACAUUACAACUGAUUUCCUACUAGACUGUGCCAAGUUUAUUUCUCCAUCCCACUACAAGGACACAGUUGAAGAAAGAUCAAUUAUAAAGCAAUGUGGAUACCCUAUAUGUAAUAAAAAGCUUGAAAAUGUCCCCAAACAGAAGUAUAAAAUUUCUACUAGAACAAACAAGGUCUAUGACAUCACAGAAAGAAAGUGUUUCUGCAGUAAUUUUUGCUAUCGAGCAUCGAAAUACUAUGAAGCUCAGGUUCCUCAAAGCCCAGUGUGGUCUCGAGAAGAAGAGAGUCCACCAGUCAUUAAACUACUCGAGGAAGGAAAGAGUGGCCAUACUGGAGAGGAAGUCAAACUAGCAGACAGACGAAUCAGACCUUCAGAAAUUGAGAAACCUAAGCAUGUGACAAAAGAUGGUGACUUUAAGACUUCUGAAAGUGAUGCUGAGGACAUUGAGCGAGAGCAGGCCUUUGUGUCCUCUGUUAUCUCAGGUUCAGAACCAAGCCUUGACAGCUCUAAACCAGAACAGGAAAAUGUUCACAAUACACAGCAGGACGAAUCUCCUGGGACAGGAGAUAUAAAGCAGAAUGUGUCCGAAAUUGCAGAAAGGAUAAAUGCUUGCACUAUUAAUGACCAGGAAAGGACAGUUGACCGUCAGAGAAAAGACUCCAACCAAGUUCCCAAAGAGACCGUAGUCAACAGGACAGAGAACAUUCAGUCUACAGGGAGCUCCAUUGUGGACACUGCUGAUGUGACUCAGAGGGCGGUAAGCAAAAGUGGUGCCGAAUAUCUCCGCAGAUUAAUUUCAAAGUCCAGAAGCUCAACAACAGUCAAAGACAUGAUUCCACCGGUGGCAGUGAAAGGGAGCAUGCUUAACAUUCUCACACAAACACUGAACGAGUGGAAAUCAGAGGAGACUUUGAAAUAUUUAUUUGGAAAUAGCUAUGUGAUAGAACCUAAGGAAGAGGUUCCUAUUGCCAGCAACCAGACCGAGGACUUGGAUGAAGAUGACAUUAGCUUUGAAGCUAUUGAGAAUACAAACAGUUCACAUUUCAAUGAAUGUCUGCCUUUCCAAAAUGACAACAAUGUAUCCAAACCUCUACCAGAUUUUGCCAAACUCAAACAAGAUACCAAAAUGAUGGAACUUCGAGUCCAGGAUUUUUUUGGAGGGAACUAUGUUUUGCCAGAAAAUCUAGAAAGUGGGCAGUUAGAGGAAAGCAACAGUGCUACAAAAAAGGCUGAUGCACCAUGGGCUCCACCUCUGCCUCUUGUAGAUUCUUAUUCUCAGCAGCAAAUCCGCAGACGAAUCGUACUGGAGAGGCUGAAAAAAGUACUUCCCGCUAUUUUGGGGCCACUUCAGAUUACAUAUAGUGAUGUGUCUAAGGAGUUGCACAAUCUGGUGAAAACUUUUAGAUUUUCAAACAAAAACAUCAAUCACACUACUCCAGAAUGGUCUAUCAUUGCCAUUGUUCUUCUGUCUGCGUUACUUCCCACAAUGCCUCUGUACAAGGACUCACAGAAAAAUCCAGUGUACACAGAGUUUAUUUCCAGACUAUUAGAGGGGCUGCACUUUCAAAAUGAAGACCUUGAGUUUCUGAAAAAGACAUUUGACAGCAAUACAUUAUCUUCAUCUUCGGUGUAAUUUUUU